ACCCCAUCUAAAUUUUGCACAAUCCAUUAGAAUUUCUCUUUACAAUGGAUGCGCACCUGGUCUCCUCGAUAGACUCGGACGAGUUCACUCACCUGACUCGGGCCCUCUCUCGUUCCACCCUCAUCGGGCUCGACGCCGAAUGGAAACCCAUUCGGUCCCAACGGUCCACUUUCCCCACAGUCGCCCUCCUCCAACUCGCGUGUCAACUCGGCGACGACCCGGCCGAGUGGGACGAGUCGGUGGUCUUCUUGCUCGACCUCGUGUCAAUUCCCUUACCUUCGAUAUGGGAAUUGUUAAAGGACGUGUUUGUUUCACCAGAUAUAUUGAAAUUGGGGUUUAAGUUCAAGCAAGAUUUGAUUUUCUUGUCUUCCACUUUUGGUGCUGAAGGAUGUGAUCCUGGCUUUGAUAAAGUGGAGCCCUAUUUGGACAUCACGAACAUGCACAAGUUUUUGCAACAUAAACAAGGAAAGAAGGUAUCAAAGGAUACAAAGAGUUUGUCAGCUAUAUGUGAAGAAGUGUUGGGUAUUUCUCUUUCCAAGGAACUUCAAUGUAGUGAUUGGUCCCGUCGUCCUCUUACAGAAGAGCAGCUAAGAUAUGCCGCUACAGAUGCACACUGCUUGCUUGAAAUAUUCAAAAUCUUCCAGGCCAAGGUUGUCAAAGAAGGGAAAUCGUGUAAUGAUGUCAAGGAACUGCAUGAAUUUAAUUUGAGUUUAGGACUGAAGGAUAUUUUUCAGAUGCCUGAUGGUGACAAUAAGCUAGUUGGGACCAAAUUUUGCAAUGCGCUGGAUAUUGUCCAGGCUACUGCAUCUUCUGAAGAUUGUGGAAGAAUAGCCAGGGGACUGGAGGUAAUCAGAAAAACUAAGCCUAUGGAUGAAUCCCUCUGGAAGAUAGUAAGAAAAUAUGGCGAAAAACUUUUGUUGCGUGAAUCUGAUAGAAAGCCGAAAACUUCCAGAAAGAAUGGAAAAAAGCGGUCCUCAGUGGUUGCUGCUUGCAAAAAAAACCAGCUAGAUAGUUCUGGUGACUGGGAAGGCCUCCCACCAUGGGAUAUAUCCUUGGGGGGUGAUGGAUGGCCAAAGUUUUUGUGUGAUGUGAUGGUUGAAGGCUUGGCGAAACAUCUACGUUGUGUUGGUGUAGAUGCUGCGAUUCCACUUUCCAAAAAGCCAGAACCCAGGGAGCUAAUAGAUCAAGCUUACAAAGAGAAGAGAGUGCUUUUGACAAGAGAUGCCAAGCUAUUGAGACACCAGUAUCUGCUAAAGAAUCAAAUAUAUAGGGUGAAGAAUCUUCUGAAAAAUGAACAGCUAAUUGAGGUAAUUGAGAUUUUCCAAUUGAAAAUUAGUGAGGAUCAGCUAAUGUCGAGGUGCACCAAAUGCAAUGGGAGAUUUAUUCAGAAGCCGCUGACAACAGAAGAGGCCAUUGAAGCUGCGAAGGGCUUCCAAAGAAUUCCGAACUGCUUGUUUGACAAAAAUUUAGAAUUUUGGCAAUGCAUGGACUGCAACCAACUUUACUGGGAGGGAACCCAGUACCACAAUGCUGUUCAGAAGUUCAUCGAUGUUUGCAAAUUGAACGACUGACUCAGACCUUGGGAAAAAGAACUCUUUGCUCUAUGAUAAUAUCAUCCUAUCGAUAUUGUUUGUACUAGACUUUAAUAGAGUGUUUAAGCUCAGAGUUAUAUUUCCCUGCAUUUUUUUUCCCAGAAAUGCUUCUAUAGUACUAAGCCCUUUCCAUCGUUAUCUAAUUUUACAACUAUUAAAACUAUGAAUUAGCGAUGCACCGACCCGACCGAAGUUUGACCAAGACAAGUAGUGGGACCAUUGAAAAAGAAGCUCGUGCUCAACACGUGCCAAAUGUUAGGACGAGCAGAUUCUUCGGAGAAAUAGUGUGAAAAGGCAAAAUCCUCUAAAACUCACUCUGAGCUCGCUCUGGUGGCAUUCUGCUCUUUGUAUUGGCGUGUGACGCAUUGCACACUGAGGAGAGAUAUCAACGUCGUCGUAUUAUCACGCGACGUCCGUUCGAUAAAGGUGAUUUCAAUUGUCACCAAUCAUCGGUUUCAUCCAACGGCUACGGCAAAUUCUUUCUUUACUUUGCCUUUUGCCAUUGCAGACCAGGCACGUGCGUCCCGAAUGGGACCCAUCCCGUUCCCCCCCCCGACCCAAAAAACAUUAUUCUUCGCUCUCUUAGCAACGGCUUACGUCAUGGACACGUUUCGCCUGCUCCUAGCUCUCGGGCACACUGGAAGCGUCGAGUUGGAUUUCGAGCCGCCGCCGCAGCCAAUUCGCUUGGGCGCCACACGGCUUUCUGUUACCUUGGCUUUCGCCCUUUUCUGUAGCAAAGGUUCUUAAAAUUUAGUUUUUGUGUACAACUGCCGCCACUGUUC